AUGUCACCACAAAGUUCCAACCAGCCAGUUCAUAUUUCUAAUAUUCAUCGGGACGAAGACGGGUUUAGCAGGUCGGAUUCCGAACGACGAAGCUCGCUUUCUCGCCGCAGAGCAGCAGGAUCCAGCACGGUUUCUUCCAGCACCGAUAUCCGGCUACGGGAGUUGAAACCAGCGCACAAUUCGACGACUCUCUUUUCUGCAGACGACGGUCACAUCAGGGGGUAUAACUCGGCAGAGGAAGACUCGGAUGGAGACAUGGCGAUCGAACGCCCCAGUAUGCAACGACCGGGUGAGAGUCGGUCCAAGGUACCGCUGUUGAAGGGUGAAAGCCGAGGGCGGUCAUCGAGUGUUGGGCCAGCCAGCAUGGAAGAAGGACGGCCUUCUAUCGCCCGAGCAAGACCGAGUCUUAGAAGCAGGAGUCCAGACUUCGAUGCAAAGAAUGCUACAAGGAAAAAGUACAUGAUUGCUGCCUUUGCCCUGGUUAUCAGUCUUAUCAGCUUUACGGUUCAGACCCAGACUGCCGUCUAUAUUCAGCAGGAGUUAGGAUGGAACAAGCCGUAUUGCAUGCUCUACCUUACACACGGCUCGUGGAUCUUUCUAUGGCCGAUACAGCUUCUCAUUCUUCGAAUACAAAAGCGACAUCUCAAGUGGCCUGCCUUUUGGCGUAGACAUGUUUUUAUUUUGCGAACCACGGCACAGAUGGUUGAAACCCAGGACUUGCACCUCACCACCCGCGAAUCGAACAAGUCUCCGGUCCCUUACAUGGUCAAAACGACCGUCUUCGUCGCUUUGGCUCUCACCAUAGCCGGUGGCUCAUGGUACGUCGCCGUCGACCUGACCACCAGUAGCGACUUGACGGCCAUCUAUAAUUGUUCUGCCUUCUUUGCCUACGCAUUCUCGAUCCCACUACUUAAAGACAAACUACGAUUCGACAAGGUCUUUUCUGUUUGUGUUGCCAUUGUUGGAGUUAUCAUUAUUGCAUAUGGGCCCGGUGGGCCUCCGGAAGGUGCACCUGCGGAAGGCGCUGAUACACUCAAGGCAUCAAAUCGGGCGCUGGGGAAUAUCAUAAUUGGCGUUGGAAGUGUCCUUUAUGGGUUAUACGAGGUUUUGUUUAAACGGUUUGCUUGCCCGCCGGAAGGGACAAGCUCGGGACGAGGAGUCAUUUUUGCAAAUGCAUUUGGAAGCAUGAUCGGUCUAUUCACGCUUCUUGUUCUUUGGAUUCCACUGCCACUCCUACAUAUUCUCGGUUGGGAAACAUUCGAACUGCCACGGGGCGAAGCUGCGUGGCUCCUGGUCAUUUCUACUCUCUCAAAUGCUACUUUCUCCGGUUCAUUUCUUGUUCUUAUAUCUCUUACCUCGCCAGUCCUGUCAUCCGUCGCCGCACUUCUCACAAUAUUCUUGGUCGCUCUUGUUGACUGGAAAUUCAGCCAUAAGGAAUUGGGCUUCACUUCCAUCGUCGGUGGAAUACUGAUCGUCGUCGCCUUCCUCCUUCUAAGCUGGAGCACAUAUCGUGAGCUAGACGAAGAACGGAGGAAGCGAUUGGAAGACGACGGGCCUGAUUCUGAAUCCGACGAGUGA